CUUUGCAGAGCUACAUAAAGGCAUUCAAAACUCUAAUACAGUGAUGGUUAAGUCCUCUUUCGUCUCUGCUUGUACGAGGAUCCUUCAAGCGGCCGCCGGGUCUCCAAGGGAAGGUGUAAAAAGUCGCGUCAGGCAGGUUAUGUGACGAGCGGGUGACGGCGCCUCGGCCUCUCUCCCCGGCACGGCGUCCUGUUGCAGACCUCUCCGAGCGACGCAGCGGUGCACUCGUCUCCGGUCGGCGGCGUGUCGACGUUGGGUUACCGAGAUACUGAAGCUAAGCCCGUGUCGCCGAGUGUUCGUCUCGCCACAAUGACGCAGACGCUGAAGAUGCUGUUGGUGGUCGCCUGUGUGGUCUCCCUCCGGCCGGUGCUCGCCGCUGCUGAGAGAGACGCAGACGGGGCCGUGGAGGUGGCGGAGCCGAGAUACGUCACACACACUGAAAAAAGUUUCCAGGCGAGCGCGAUGGAGAAGAUCGAGACAGCCUUGCCCAUCGCCCUUCACGGCGUUGUUGUCGUGGCGCUCGUUAUCUUCUUUCGGGACCUCGCCCUCGGCAUUGACGCGAGGCUGCCCGAGGAGGAGGAGGCUGAGCUAGAGUAUGACUAUAGUGGGUUCGAGAGAAACGACCACUCCUAUUACUCUAGACCUGGCCGCGCCCAGAGCAGGCCUGGAGGGAACAGGUACAGGGGCGGGCUGCCGGGGCGGCGGCGCACUGCCCGGGACACCCACGGCUCGUUACUUAGCCACUUCAUCGAGAGAAUCGACCCCGUGGACACCACCUUCUCGCUGCUGCGGGUGAACGAGAAGGCGUGCAGGCAGCGGGUCGUGUGUGAGCUGCAACGGUCCGCCUCGGCGCUGCCCGUCAUCGGGGAUUUCCUCCAGCAGAUCAGCUCGUCCAUCCCCGGUCUUCAGGAAUAUCGGGAGGCGCAGGAGGCGGGGGCGGCGCUAGAGGACUGCUCUUUGCUCUUUGCCGACUGUUCCGAAGACGGUAUUCUGGGAGACUAAUGAAGGAGGGAUGGUGAGAGGGUUGAUAGAUGGCCUUCUUCAUCCCCCUCCCCCUUUAGGACUCUACUGAAGGAGGGAUGGUAAGAGGGAUUGACAGAGGUCCUUUUUGACACCCUUCGCCACCAACAGUAACUUUAAGAGACUACUGAAGAAGGAAUGGUUAAGAGGGUCGAUAGAGGUCCUUUUUCACAACCUUUACCUCCACCGCCCCAGUAACUUUAGAAGAGUACUGAAGAAGGGGUGGUAAGAGGGGUUAGAGAGGACCUUCUUGACCUCCACCAUCACCUCCACCUCCACCUCUAUCACCAAAAGUUGAUUCAUACGUUCAUACACUCUCUUCCGCGUCCAUAGUUUAUACACAAAGACAUUACUCAGUUACUUCUGUUGUUAUUUCAUGUUGUUGUUGUUGCUGUUUUUGCAGUUAUUUAUCAUCGUUAGUUAUGAUAAUUAUUUUUUUGUUGUUAGGUUUUUAUUUUUCAUGCAAAAGAGUUUGUUGAAUGUUUUUGUGUUGUCUGCUUUUCAGUUUAUAUGUUUAUUUAUUAUUCUAUAUAUUUAUUUAUUUAUUUAUUGUGUGUGAAAGAGAGAGAAAGGAAGAGGAAGAGAAAACGGACUAAGACAGAUAUAUAGACUGAUACAGAGAAUUAGACAGACACACAGACAGACAGACAGACAGACAGACAGAGAAACACGCAGACAUAUAAAGACAGACAGCGAAAACAGAAUAGGACAGAGAAAUAAACCUACACAGAGAUAAAUAGACAGACUCAUAGACAGACAGACAGACAGAAAGACAGACAUGAAUACAAACCUUUAAACAGACAGACGGACAGGCAACGAGGUAACUAGACUUAUGACUGUUGACCGCGAAUGACUGAAGGUGCGAUGACUGGUAGUGACUGAUGACUUCUGACUCAACCAAAGAACAUUCCCAGACUUGACUAACUGGGAUGACUGAUGAGAAUGAUGACUAGCAAUGGCAAAACAGGCAAUUAGACGACUAUUAUUAAGCAGUGAUGACGAGAACUUGACGACAAAGGAAAUGGAUCAACUCUUGACGAUGACAGAUCUGACUGACCCUGACCUAACUAUUCCCAAUGAUGACUGAGUGAAAGAUUACGUGACACCCUGAUGACGAGGACUAAAAAAAAGAAGUGAAUGAUUAAAGGAAGAAAAAAAAAAGGACUGAAAACACGUGACUGAUAUUUGACAACUGACUUACGUGACUGACUGACCGACUGAGUGAUUGACUGACUGACUGACUGACUGACUGAUCUGGAGACAAAGAAGAAAGGACGUGAGGAAUGACUAACGGCCAAGAUUUAUCCAACAGCAGCAUUGGACAUUCCUAAAUUGCUCUUGUCUUAAGCUUACUAAGGGGUUUGAUUGCUUUAUUUAACGUUGGAUGCUGGGUUUUGUUUUGCCAGUGUUAGAAGAGUGUUUGAAAAUUAAGUGGAAGUGAAUAGCAGUAGAUAAUAUUUAGACGUAAGGCAAGAAAAUAGAACUGUUAGAUUAGAAAAAAGAAGGUUAAUUAAGCUGUGUUGUUGGGCUUUAGUUUGUUCAUUGAAAUUUGUCAGCUGUGUGUUAGGAAAAGAGUGCAUAAAAGGGUUAGUUUCGUUUUACAGAUUACCGGUUUAAAUGAGGCUGUUGUUGAUUUUGUUAAGAGUGUGUUAUGGUUGAGCUUAAUUUCUUGUGUCUCUUACUCUGUUGUGAAAAUCAAUCCUUGUGUUUUCUUUCGUGCAUCCUAAUUUAAGAACUUAUUUCUACAUGUGUUGCUAUUCCUCAUUAUUUACCUACAUGUUUAUUUAUUUAUUUAUUUGGAGAGAAAGGGAAACCUGCAAAGUCAAUUGUCUAAAAUUGAAAUAAAGUCAUUGUUGUAAGAUA